GCAAUUUCCCAAGAUUAGAAGUGUGCGCCCCGAAAAGGUUGAACUAAGCAUGAAAAUGUAACCAACGGAGAUUAGGAAAAGAGAGGAAAAAGAAAAUGUGAAAAGAAGGAGAGAAGAGAUGAGUAGCGACUAGCGACCACAACUGCCUCUGCCUGCACGCGUUCUGCUUCGAACGACUUUUGUCAAACACAUACCAUGCAGUUUCUCAAUCCUCUCUCUCACCAAUAAUCAAAUUUUAAACCCUCUCUCUCCACUCUGCUUUUUAGCCUCCUUCUUCUUUAUUCUGUGGCUAGUCAUGGAACUCUUGUUCUCUCCCGUGAUUGUGACUCCUUCCCCCUAAAAUUAAAAUCCUUUUCACCAGAAUAAGCAAAAAAGGAAAGAGAAAAAAGAAUACUGUUAUUCCACAUGAUUUCACCUCCUCCUCCUCCUCAGGAAGAUUACGACAGCGUUAGUUUCAACGGCAACGGACAUGCGCUCUCCUCAGCAGCUCCGCAACGGUAACCGCUCACCGCAGGAGCAUCAUCAUCCACCGCGGUUCCACUCCACGGUGGCGGAGCACAAACUGCGUCGUUUCAACUCCCUCAUCCUCCUCUUCCGCCUCGUCUCCUUCUCCUUCUCCCUCGCCUCCUCCGUCUUCAUGCUCACCAACACUCACGACUCCGCAUCUCCUAAGUGGUACCACUAUGACACCUUCAGAUUCGUUCUAGCUGCAAAUGCGAUAGUGGCGGUUUACUCACUGUUCGAAUUGGUGUAAGGGUAAGGGUGAGGGUGAGAGUGAUGCUGUGUGGUGCUGGUGCAGGUGUUCGCGUACCUGCUAUUGUCGGCGAGCGCAGCGGGCACGUCGACGGUUAGGACACUGAGGGAUGCGGGGGACGCGUGUACGGCCAGCAAUUCGUUCUGCGUGCAAUCGGACAUCGCGAUCGCGUUGGGCUACGGUGCGUUUGUGUUCUUAGGGUUCACUUCUCUGCUAUCGGGCUUCCGAGUCGUCUGUUUCAUAAUCAACGGUUCGCGUUUUCAUCUGUGAGUUGUCCUAUGCCAUGCCAUGCCGCGUGCAGUGAAGGGGGUUACCGGUUAGAGAAAAAGAGGAAGGGAAUAUUUGGGUGGGGUCAGGUUUGGUCUUGUCUGGUCUGAGUCUGAGGAGGGAGCUUCUUCCUCUUCUUUUUUCACUGUAGGCCAAACACGCUACUGUGGAUAUGGACUGACAGGGUUCAAGUGUGAUCUUGAAAUUUGAGCCAUCUCCUCUUAUGCUCUGCGUUCCCUUUACAUUCGAAUUUAAGUCUCUCGGUUUCCCAACUAUAAAUUCAUUUUUUAAUUUUUAUUAGUGUUAAGAAGUAAAAUAUUCUUCAAUAUGUAAUUGCUUUUCUGAUAAAGAAGUGCUCCUUCUGCCAAUUUGGCACGCCAUUUCAUCCACUUUUUAUUGUUAAUCCGUACACCUCACAUUCACUUCCAA